AUGGCCUCCCCCAGAAAAUCCAAAUCAGAACGGCCUCUGGCAGCCGUACGCACCCCAAACCAGGACAUCCUUCCCGCCACCAUAAUCGACACGAACCCAUUCUACAUCGACAUGAGCCAAGGUACGCACCGCAAAGCCCUGCAGCCCUUCACCCUCACCCUUCAAACACUCCGCCCCCGCAGCUCGGCGGAGAUCCUCGCGGAGAUGGCACAGAUUGACCAUUCCCCGACAAAGCACGUCGCCUCCCGCCCCGCGACACCGACGCCAUACCGUCAUCCGCACACGCCCGUGACGACAUCACCCGUUUCAUCAGGUCGUAGCAGUAGUCGUGGCAGCGUUACCGCUGCUGGUGCCGACAGCCCCGACAAAGACGUGUUCCAAACGCCAGAAAGCCACCGCACGGUAACUCGAGUGCGCCAGUUCGCAAUGAAAACCAGCCCCGCCACCGCCUCUUCCUCGGGCUCCUCCAAACGAAGCAUCGAGACAGACGGCGACGUCCGCAUGAAGAACGGUACCUUGACCAGCCCCGAGCUUCGCCACCUCCAACAGCAGCAGCAGCAGCAGCAGCGUGCGUUGCGCGCGCUGGUGAUGGAGGCCGUCCACGAUAACUUUGAAUUCGAGCGUGCGCGGUUCGCGGGCGCGAUUCAGCGGGAGGUUAUGGCUGCCAUCACCGAGGAGGUUGAGGUUCUUGUACGGGAGAAUUUUGAGGCUGCGUUGGCUAGGGCGCUGGAGUUGCCGUUUGAGGAAGGGGGUGGGGUGCAGGCUGAGGAGGCUGCUGUUGUUCGGGUUGUGAGGGAGCGGUUGAGGGGGAUGAGUGAGGAGGGUUUGGUGAGGAUUUUUUGUAAUGAUGAAAUGUUGGAGGUGCUUAGGAGGGUUGUGAGGAUUGUUGAGUUGGAGGUUAGUUUGCAGACGUGGGAUUUACUGAGUUGA